AUGGCUCCACAAAAUAGAGGUAAAUCAAGUGAAAAUCCAAGAUGCCCUAAAUGCGGUUUACAUUAUAAAGAUAUACAUAGACAAGACAGAAGAAAUGAUAGAUUAUAUAAUAGGUCCUACCUUAUUAAACAAAUAGAUGGAUAUUUGAGGAUUCUCCGUAGUCAAAAACGCAAUGCACCCAAAGAAGACGAAUUAAUUUUUGACGAUAAAAUUCAAUGGUUCAACGAAUUGAAAGAAUCUGCUAGAACAGCGAAUGAGGACGAUCUUUCCUUUUUUCAAUCGAUUUAUUCAGAUUUUAAUAAACUCAAACAACUUAAAGAAGAGCUUAGAGAUGUUAAAAAUAAACUUAAUAAACUUGAACUGCUAGAACAAGAAAGCGACGCAGGUUUAGAUUUGCAUUCCCAAAACUUACUGAUGAAAACUGAAAUUGUCCAAAAGAAUACAGAAAUCGAUAACUUGACAAGAAAAGUCACGGAUCUAAACUUGGUCAAUGAAGAAAGGAUUAAAUUGAUCAAUGACUUAGAAGCUCAAAUUGCAAAAUUAACGAGUGAUAUCGAAAUAUUAAGAUCUAAUUGUAAAAUGAUAGAUGCUGAAAGUAUUCAAAACGCAACAAAAUUGCAUGAUGCGGAAUCUAAAAUAGCUGAUGAGAAAAGAAAAUAUAAUUCUUUUGUAGCAAAGCAUGAACGCGAACUUAGAAGUAGAGACGAAAGAGAAAGCGACCUUUAUUCACAUAUUACCCUUUUAAAAAAUAGGAUCAAGAAUUUAGAAUCAAUGUUAGAAUCUGAAAAAGAAUCUGAAAUAGAUUUAACAUCUUUCCUUUAUAACCAUAUAUGUUAA